GACAAAUGUCAAUGAAACUUGAAAAAUCAAUUUCCGAAAGUGCAGCAACAUCAGCGAUUGUGAUUCACUACAGAAAUAAAUCAACAAAAUGGCAACAGAAGUAGAGGAAACCAUUAAAAGAAUACAAGCUCACAAAGGUGUAAUGGGUGUCGUCAUCGUAAACCACGAAGGUAUUCCUAUUAAAAGUUCAUUAGAUAAUGCUACAUCGGUGUUGUACGCGGGUCUUAUUGGUCAGCUUACAGAGAAAGCAAGGAAUGUUGUACGUGAAAUGGAUUCCACAAAUGAGCUGUCUUUCCUUCGAGUGAGAAGCAGGAGACACGAGAUAUUAAUUGCUCCGGACCGUGAAUUUAUUCUCAUUGUCAUUCAGAACACAUCAGACUAGUCUACGGAUUAAUAUUAUUAUUUAUAAAACCAAUCGCUACUUUUAAGUUAAGAUUUAAUUUGCUAUCAUUUUUUAACCCCAUUUAGGUUCUUAAAACCAUACGCAUUAUUAAUGUUGGCUGGACAGAAAUACUUAUAAGCUUGUACCUAAAUAAGUCUCUACAAUAGAAAUCUUAAAAUCAAGAUACAAGAAAUGUUGUGUAGGCGUUACCUUGCCGCCGCGAACAAGACUUAGAGCACUCGAAUUGUACUCUAACAAAACGUUUGUAAGAGUUAGUUACUUAUUGUAAUUUUUAAACUACAUUACAUUACUGAUACUCGGCGCGUACGCGUAGUGGUACGGCCGUUGGGAGUAGUCGUCCACCAACAAAUGUUGUCUAGAGUGCUAAAGGGCAAUUGUAGUGUCUGUUAUUAAAAUUCCUGUGUGAGCUAAACAUUAGACUUUAUGAAUGGUGGCAUAUUAGGUGUGGACUUUGUACCCAAACACCUAAAGCCUCGGAGAAUCAACUUAAAGCCGGUCCAGGAAGGUCAUUACAUCCCUUAUUUAUCGCACUAUAAAACGCCGCCAUAAUUUAUUUUCAUUUCAACUUUUAUUUAUUUGAGACAAGUUAAAAAAAUAUGUCCUCAACAAACAUGGGCAUGACGUUGCGCCGCCGCAGCGGCAUUUUAAAUACAAAAAUCUAAGGUAUUUCACAUUAUGGUGCAAAAUUGCAGCAACCAAUGCCGGGUUUUUAAUCAUCCAAACGAUAUAAAGGGCACUGAAGCUCUGUUUUAUCCUCCUAAGUAUAAGUGCAAUAACUAAGUCCAAUUCCAGGUAUUAUUUAAUACUUAGUUUGACUUAUCAGACUUCCCCCUCAAUAUUGUGGUUAACUUUAGUAAAACUGACGAAAAAUACUUAGUUGAUUAUGAUGAAAAGUCUGGUAAGCCCAAAACCAGAAUUGCUGAGCUCAUGACAGAUAAGACGUUGUCACUUAAUUUUGCCGUGAAUUGAUUGACACCAUUCUGGCGCUGUACUUCUUACGCUGUUAAUCGAGUGUCCAAGGAAUUAUAAUUAGAGGUUUUAAAAACCACUUUAUUAUCAGUUCCAAAGACACUCGUAUGUCACUUUGGCGCUUCAAAUGGGGUCCGCACUGUAAGUACAGCCAAUCCAGUGUUAAUAUUAGAAGUCAGUGGUGAAAGAUCUACACGUUGCGACGCCGCACCGCGCUCCGAUAGCGCACCACAUCAAUUAA